AUGAAGUUUCAUUUGGGCGCUUUUUGGCUAUUUCUGUUGACAGUUGGUGGCAGUCAGAAGCAAUUAAGCGAUAAUUGUUGCCACGGGCUAGCCACUUGGGGCAUGCCAGCUGUAGCCGCAGCAACUGCUGCACCACCAAAGCAAAAAUCAAUUCAUUCACCGCCAAACUUCCGCAAUGGCAGCAAGCACAACGGAAAUGAGCUGGAAAAUGCAACAAGAUUCCGUGUGGCCGCAAUGCAAACACCAGCUGAGCCAACGCCAACGCCAACGCCAACGCCACCAGCUCAACCGGAUAUCACCACAUUGACGGCCAAAUCAAUCGUUCAGUUAACAUUCAAGCAAGCCAAGGCACACAAUUUGGAGCUCAGCUUUAAGGAGCGCAUGGCACAGCUAUUUGCCAGCGAAGAGUCUAGUCUAGCAACAACAAUAACAACAACAACGACCACUGACAUCGAUAACAGCAGUGGAAGCGGUACGAGCACUCAUCAUCCGGAGCGCCGUCAUGUUGUGCCUGACAAGCUGCAGUACACGAAAGAGAUGCAUAUCAAACAGGGUCGUCUGAUGGGCAUCACACGUCGCUUCCUGGUGACCAGCGGCCUGCGCGAGGUGGAUCAGUAUCUGGGCUUGCCGUAUGCGGAGGCGCCCAUUGGCAGUAGACGUUUUAUGCCGCCGGGCGCGCCGCUGCCGUGGCAGGGACUGAAAAUAGCGCGUCAUUUGCCGCCGGUUUGUCCACAAAAACUACCGGAUGUGUCAGGACCCAGCAGCGUGAAUAUGUCACGUGGUCGUUACAAGCACUUGAUGCGGCUAAUGCCCUAUUUGAAAACCGAGAGUGAGGAUUGCUUGUACUUAAAUCUAUAUGUUCCGCACGAGGAGCCGCUGGCAAAGCCCAAGCUGCAUGCGGUGCUUGUUUAUUUGCAUGGUGAGUCCUUUGAGUGGAACAGUGGCAAUGCUUACGAUGGGUCAGUGCUGGCCAGCUAUGGCGAGGUGAUUGUGGUCACCGUCAACUAUCGCCUGGGCGUGCUGGGGUUUAUGCGUCCUGGCAUUGAUGCUCAUAAUAUAGCAAACUAUGCGCUGCUCGAUCAGAUAGCGGCACUGCACUGGAUCAAGGAGAACAUUGGCUCCUUUGGCGGCGACAAUACUCGGGUCACACUCAUGGGCCACAGCACGGGCGCCGCCUGCGUCAAUUAUCUAAUGGUCUCACCGGUCGCAUCAGGUCUAUUUCAUCGCGCCAUACUCAUGUCCGGCUCGGCCAUGUCCGACUGGGCAGCCAGCAAUCAAUCGCUGCAAUUGACCAUGCAAAUAGCCAACGCCCUCGACUGCCCGCUGGGUGACCGCGAAGUGGAUGAUGCUCUGCUCGAUUGCCUGCGCCAGCGUCGCUACCAGGAUAUCUUGCACAUACCAACAUCGUUUCAACAAUUUUCAACAUCAUUGGGUCCAAUUGUCGAUGGACACGUAAUACCAAAUCAACCAUACAAGGUCAUGGGGCAUUAUACGGAGCAUUUCAGCCGAUAUGAUUUAUUAUUCGGCAUCACGGAGUCAGAAUCCUAUCAUACAUUGGCCGCAUUAGCACUCGAGGAAGGAUUACGUGAAAAUGAACGCGAUAAUUUAUUACGCUUCUAUAUGCAGAGUCGCUUUGAUGUACGCCCCGAUUUGGCAUUGGCUGCCACGCUAAAAAAAUACCAGGACAUGUACAACAAUCCGAUAAAGGCCACUAAUUUGGAACAUCGCGACGUUGUGCUGGAUAUACUCUCCGAUGCUCGGGUCGUCGGACCCCUGCUGCAGACGGGCAUGUUCCAUGCGGAUGUGAAUCGACGCAAUUAUAUGUACGUUUUUGGUCAUAAUAGCGCGACGGGCCCUUACGCUCAUCUUCCACAUAGCAUAAUGGGCGAGGAGUUGGCUUUCGUUUUUGGUGCGCCGCUGGCGCCGGCCGGCCCAUUUUCCAGCCACAACUAUUCCGUGCAGGAAAAGCUGCUUUCCGAGGCGGUAAUGGCAUAUUGGACGAACUUCGUAAAGACCGGCAACCCGAAAGCACCCUGGAAGGGAAUAUUUUUGAAUUCGCAUCUCUUGGAAUGGGAUCGCUACGAUUUGGACUGGCCGGAGUUUAAUAAGCGUGCGCAGGCCUAUCUCAAUAUUGGGAUACCGCCGACAGUGGGCUACAAAUACCGCCAGAUUUACAUGAAUUUUUGGAACAAAGAGCUGCCGGACGAGUUGAAUCAAAUUGCGGCAAUACAGGUGCGAGGGCAGCAACAGCAGCUGAGCGGAAACGAGGUGAUUACAGGCCAUAUGAGCAAAUACGGGGCGCGUGACAAUGGCGCCGAGGAUCCGGUGCGUACGCUGAAAUUGCUGCUACAGGAGCCGCUGGCAACGGGCAGCGACCAGCUAGAAACCGCUGCGGAAAACAUGUACAAUGCCCCUCCCACAUUUGGUCAUGUGCAUAGGCAGCAGCAGCAACAGCAGCAGCAGGGCAUUGGCACUAAUGGUGCUGAGGGCGUGGCCAUAUCCGGCGAGGAUGCGACACACAGCAAUGACUAUGGGGAGUACGGGGCGUCAUCUUCCAAAGCGACGCCAACCGAGUCCAUUGCCAAAUCCGAGACGACGCUGCAGCUGCUUAUUGCGCUCAUCGCCAUCUUCAUAGUGCUAAACGUGGUCAUCUACGCCACAUUUCUGUUGCGCCAGCGUCGGAAGCGCAACACAUCCCUGCAACGCAAGCUGGGCGGCAACAUUCUCACCUACGAUGGCGCCAACGAUGAUGAGCUGAAGCGUUGCAGUAAGUCGCGCGAUGGCGACGAUAGCUUCACCCUGGACAUGGUGCGCAAGUCCAAUACCUACGAGGCCAUCAAGACGGGCCAGCGUUCGCCAAUUAAUGGCUAUGCCAUGCAGCGUCAGCUGAGCAGCUCUACAGUGGACACGCACACCAAGGUAUGCGAAUGGAUGUCUGCACAGCAUCAGCAUACGAAUUCGGGCCAUAAGCUGCCCAAAUCGGGUAGCUUUAAUACCACGCCCCCGCCGCCGCCGGCUGCGCAGUCGGAUAGUCGCAUUAUCAUAUGCCAGGACAUAGAAGUGGCGGAUGCCGCGCUGCUGACACCGCAGCAUAUGCAUGAGACGCUUGAGGGCAUGCAUUAUGAGCUGCUGCUGCAGCGCCAGCACUCGGCGCUGACAGAGCCCAGUGAAGCCACUCUGCUGCAGCAGCAUGGCCACACCUACGCACACGCCCACUCACACUCGGAUCCAGUGGACAUGAUUUUAGCUGCGGAUGAGCAGAUAACGAGCUUUGUGCAUGCCGAUGACGUAGACAUCAAUGUGACCAGCCGCGACGAGGAUGCACUCGUGCUGCAACCGCUUAGUGCCGCACAGCAACUGGAGCUGCUGCGUCAGCGCAACUAUCCCAAGGUAUUGCCGACGGCGCAGGAUUUGCGCACGAGUCAUAGCUACAAACGCAACUCGCUGCCCCCGCAGAAUUUUACCGCGCCGCUGCCACCGCCGCGCACCAUUAGCAGCACGCUGGGCCGGCGGCGUCGGGAUAGCAGCAACAUAACCACAUCGCCGCUGAUGCUGGCACAGGACUCUGGCGAGGAGGAGCCUCGUGAGCCGCAAAUCACGCAAAAUACACUGAUUGUGGGACCCAUAGUACCCAAGUCGCCAGCGGCAUCGCUCAAACGCAUCAAGCACACGGCCGCCGCGCGGGCUGAAAUAGAUACCACAGCGGUCAACUGUGUGGACACGGCCCUGAGCACGUUAGGCGGUUCGUUUCAGUCAUUCGAGUCGGUGCCGCCGGCGCAUGAGGCAACCCCACCACAGGGUCAACGCACCGAGUGCGUCUAUGCCAUAGCGGCGAGCGCCAGUGUCAGCUCCUUGCCAGGCAUCAGCUCGCCCAGCAGCUGGUCUGCACCGAAUGGUGAUCUGUAUGCGCAGCCAAUAAAGUCCGCCUCGAGAACGUCGCUCAUACCGCGACCGUUGCAGACAGCGCCAGCAGCAGCAGCAGCAGCAGCAGCAGAGGCGCAAGCUGCGACGCAGCAAGUGUCAACUGCAGCUGACUCGGCCACGCCCAGCCGCAUGCCGCAGCUGCAGCGUCAGGCAUCCAGCCAGGAGCUGUCGCCUGUUGACGGCCAGCAGACAGCAGAUGCCACAACAUCAACAUCAAAUUCACGCGUCGGCUCCACCAUCUCAAGUGAUUCAUCCGCCUGGACUGCCUCCUCACGCAACUCCACGACGUCUUCGUCCUCGUCGUCGACAGGCACCGUGCGAACGGAACUGCAGCAUUGCCAGCAGCCUGGGCGCACCAUUGCCACUCACAUAUAGUAGUCGUAGACGCCAAGCAGAGCUCUCAAUUUGACACCAUUAACGCACUCGCUGUGCCGCGCAGGU